AUGGUAAAUCAAACAGACGAAUUGGAACCAAAGGAUGGGCUAAAUGUUGAUCAAUUAUUUGACAAAAGACAUGUAGCUUCAUGUGAAGUACAAAAACGAAAAAAAAACAAUACAGAUAUUUCAGCAUUCUUUACUUCACAGAGAAAACGUAAAUUGUCUGUAGAGAUUAAUAGCAACUCUGAAGAUGUAUUAACAAAAAAAAAGGAUGAUAAAAUGACCGGUGCUUGUAUUCAAGUGUCUGAAGAGAUUAAUAGCAACUCUGAAGAUGUAUUAACAACAAACAAGGAUGAUGAAAUGACCGGUGCUUGUAUUCAAGAUUUUAUUGAAAUACCACAAAAUUCUCUUGACUUGGAUCAUGUCUCUGAACCAAGUGGUACGACAAAUAAUGUGGAAAUAACAAAUUCUAAAGAGAAAAAUGAGUCAAUAUUAGAAAUUAGUGAACAAACCGAGCAAUUAAAUCCUUCAGGCACAUUUCCUACAGUUUUUCCAAAUGACCCUGGAAAGCUGCCACUGGUAUUAUCAAAUGAGCUAGUACAUCACUUUUCAUCAUUAGGCCCUUGUCAACCAAUUGCAUUGGAGUUAUUGAAUUAUGAGUUCCCCAAGAAAAAAUAUCCAAAUGGUAAUGUGCGAUCAUUUCAUGAAAAUUUUUACCACCGUAAAAUUGAAAAUGGACGGAUGUUUGUAAAAAUGUGGUGGCUUUCAUACUCGCCAUCACAAGAUAAGUUUUUUUGCAUAUCUUGUAAGCUUUUUGGCCUUCCAAAAGCAAAAAAUUCAUUCUUAGCCAAAAUAGGGUCAAAUGACUACAAAAAUAUUAAAAGAACAAUUGAUUCUCAUGAAAGUUGGUCAGAGCAUAUUACCAGUGAAAUAGCUAGAGGUUUGUAUCAGAAAAACAUGCGAAUUGAUACAGGAAUCUUAGAAGCAGCGAAUCGUCAAAUCGCUGAAAAACCAAGCAGUUAUGUCAUCUAUAAUUGA